CGUUGGAUAGGUUGAGCGCUCGUAUGUAAUUAAAGAAACUGCAUUCAGUGGGAAAAGGUACGAAUAGUGUUGUUUAGGUUGACGAUCGAACCGAAAGAAUUUAAGUGAAUUCUGUAAACGAAGGAAUCACCGAAUGAUAAUUGCUGUUCAUUGAUGGUUGUGUAGAAGUUUUUCUUGAUCGUGAUAAAAGCUUCAUACAUCAUCGCUGUUCAAGUGUAACUUUGUGUUAAGGCGUCAAAAUUGGAUGUUUCAUCCUACACAACAGUACACGAUGGAGCUUAGGGUUAGAGUAAUGUCCUUGGAAGAAACGCGCCGUACCCAGCGACCAUAUCGCUACGGGAUGAUGUUGCUAUGCGUUGGCGCCUUAGUGAAUUGGUUAGGCCUGGCAGAAAACUAUUCGGAGCCAGUGCGAUACGCCGGAGUUGCAUGUAUCUUAGCAGGAGCUUGUCUAAUAUGUACUGCAAUGUGUUGUUGGCUUCAUACCCCAGGUCGUUCAGGUGCAAAUGGUGAUGAGGUAAAUAUAUUCUUUUGUACUAUUUACAUUGCUAUAUACAAUUCUCCUUUACUACCAUCCCUGCAGAGUGACGAUCCUGUUCAUGUGAUUAGUACAACUGAAGAACGAAGACGUGAAAAACCCCCAGACUACGACACAGUUGCUGCGGCUCCACCAAGCUACGAUGACGCGAUUAAGUUAGAUCCAGCCGCUCUUUUACGCUUAUCCAUAGCAUCGGAUACUACUAUCAACAGUAAUUCGAAUGCCAAUAGUCUUCCUACAGAACAUCCCAGUUCAUCCCAAACAACACUGAACAAUGGUAGUAGUGUUGUAGAUGUUGCAAACAGUGAAGUUAGCCAAAUAGUAGAUAGUUCCAUGGCCUUUAUCGAUGAGAAAAUGUGUCCCGAGAAACCACCUCCUUACUUAGAGCAGCCGAUUAGUAGCACAGGCGACGAGCAAACGUCGCGUCCUGCAAACUAA